GUUAUUAUAAUACACAUCGCAGUCCCAGCGGCAUUGUAUCAUUGCGAUUUGUCUCGACGUUUUGUUAUUUAAUUUUGUUUUCCCCGUACCCUCUUUCCUACGGCCUUUUUUUCAUUUUAUUUUAUUUAUCCGUCGUCUCCCCGGUCUCGUUUUACACUAUCUACUACAACUGUAUGUCGUACAGUACUUACUAUUAUUUUUGUACGUACGAUCGAUCCCGUUUAAUAACUAUCCGCAUAACGAUAUCAUUAUAUUCUCGCAGUCAAUACAUAUUAUAUAUAAUAUAUAUAUAUAUAUAAUACCGUACGCCUCUCCCGUCUUAUUUUCUCGUUUGUUUUUCAUAAAACGCACAAUCGGUCACUUCGCAAUCGUCGCCGCACGCGUUUCAUCGCGCCGUCAGUCGGAUAGAACAUAGUAAAACAAUAAUAUCAUAAUAUUAUAUUAUGAGAUCGAUAUACACAAUAUAAUAACAUCGUAGUAUAUACGUCGAUACGCCGUUUGCACAGUACCCCGCCGUGUUGUCCAGAUACGUAGCAUCAAUAUGACACCUGUUAUUAAACUAAAAAACAAAAAUAAUUUAAAUGUAUCUCCAUUGAAUCUAAAUUCAAACAUGAUUUAUUUUAAUAAUAAUCUUCGUGGUCAAGAAGAAAAGCCUUUAAAAUCUAUACAAGAUUGUUUAAAUGUCGACGAUCAACUAUUGAUCAAUAUAAAUAACGUAUCAGCUAGUUUUAAUGUGAAAUUACAUUUAAAUCUCAGACAUUUAGCAUUGCAUGGUCAUAAUGUGGAGUAUAAACGUGAAAAAGCGAAACUUAUAAUGAAGUUACGUAAGCCAAGCACUACAGCAAAUAUAUGGUCGAGUGGGAAAAUAGUUUGUAUAGGUUCAGCAUCUGAAUAUGAUUCGAAAAUAGCUUCAAAACGUAUUGCUAGGAUUAUUCAAAGAUUGGGAUAUGCUGAAGCAAAAUUUAGUGGUUUCAAAAUUGUCAAUGUUCUCGGCACAUGUAGCUUUCCAUUUUAUAUCAGAAUUAUACAAUUUUCCGAAAAAUACAAAUCAAAUUCUCAGUAUGAACCUGAAUUACACCCCGGCGUCACUUACAGAAUUAAAGAAUUUAAAGCUACAUUAAAAAUAUACUCUACUGGUAGCAUAACAGUAAAUGCUCCGAGUGAAGCAAUAGUGAAACUUGCCAUUGAACACAUAUAUCCUUUAGUAUUACCAUUUGGGCGAAACAAGAUAUUGGACGAUACGUGUCUUGUAGGAGUGACCGAAGAAAACAAAUACCGCGAACAAAAUACUAGAGUAUUGGAAUCCACUGGUCAUUUGCCAAUAUUAUAUCAUAGCCCCGUUGGAGAAUUAAUUAAAAAUUGGCAACUAAACACUUUGGUACCUAAAGUAGACAAAAAUAAUGAUAUUUUAUUAAAUUAUACUGCGUAAACUUAUACAUUUUUUCUUCUGCGGUUAUAAUGUACCUAUGUUAUUAAAUGUUGAUUCUAUUAAAAGGAAUUUUAAUAUAAAAUUA